AAAACCAAACCAACUCGCAUCCCUGCUUCAACCCCCGCCAUUUGAAAAACCUCAUCUGCCGGCGGUAAGCUCGAAAUGCCCUUGUUCUAUUCUUACCACUUUCUCCGUUGAAGUGCAUUCCUUUUGCGACUAUACAGGAGGUGUGGGUCAGGGGGUUGUGAAGGGGAGGGGUUCGUCUCUACUCGUUUUGCUAUUUGGUUGAGGAGGACCUAAAUCAUGCAGACGCCACAAGCACGAACCAAUUCUCAGGAAGUUCCUCAAAGGAAAUCGCCCGGAACGCCUCGAACUUCGCGCCAGCUUAAAAUUCCAGGAUCUGAUCCGGAGAAAAUUUCAUCCUCCCCAAAUGCUCCUGCAAGGACUCCUAAAGACAAAAGUCCUAAAGUUGCUGAGCGCAAGUCGCCUCGAACUUCAGCAUCAUCUGAGAAGAAACGCUUGAGCAGAGCAUCCGAAUUGGAAUCACAGAUCGUUCAACUCCAAGAAGAUCUGAAGAAGGCAAAGAACCAAUUGGACUCAUCUGAAUUGGCAAAAAGGCAAGCCCAGCAGGAAGCUGAAGAGGCCAGGAAGCAGCUCUUGGCCAUGUCAAAAACACUUGAGGAGUUGCAACAGCAGCUGUUGGAGCUUUCGGCUUCUGACGAAGCCCGGGUUCAGGAACUGCUUAAAAUUUCCCAAGAUCGUGAUAAAGCUUGGCAGUCCGAACUCGAGGCCAUCCAAAAGCAAUACUCUUUGGAUUCAGCUGCAUUAGCUUCAGCCAUGAAUGAAAUAAAGAAGCUCAAGGCACACCUAGAGAUGGUGGCUGAAUCUGAAGCUACCCAAACUAAGCACGCAGAAUCAGCGCAUCACGAGAUCCAGCGUUUGAGGAUGGAGCUUUCGGAAACCCUAGCCCUCGUUGAAAACCUGAGGAUCGAGCUUACUAACUGCAGAGAGUCGGAAGCUCAGGCUCUAGAAGUCGUGAACAAUGCUCAGAAGCAAUUGGAAGCGGCAAAUGCCACUGUCGAGAUAUUUCGUUCAGAGAGCAUGAAAGCCAAGGAUGCUUAUAGCUCUCUAUUUAUUGAGUUAGAACAGUCGAAAUCUCGAGAAAAGUCUUUGGAUGAUCUCAUGAAGAAACUCCAAACUGAUCUUAGUGGCAGUAACAAUUGUCCAGCUAAUUCCACAAGCGAUGCAAACUUCCCACUCGGAGAUAGCGUAGAUGAAGACAUAAACAAGCUCAAAGCAGAGCUUAAUUCCGCGAAACUUGAGGCAAUUCAAUUAAAGUCGGCUCUGGGUACUGCUGAGACUAGGUAUCAAGAAGAGUAUAUCCAGAGCACAUUGCAAAUCAGAAGUGCUUAUGAAACCGCUGAACGUAUAAAACAAGAGUCCUUCCAGAGGCAGGCUAAACUGGAGGCCGAAUUAGAGGCAGCCAAGAGUCUUAUUGAAGAACUGACUGCAAAAUCAAAAGAAAAGGAAGCAGAAUUCCAGACUGUCUUGGAUGAGAAUCAGAAACUAAGUGUGAAGAAGGAGAACGACCAGGCCAGUGCAAGAGAAUAUGAACUCAAGAUGGAGUUGAGCAAGUCUCAGGUGGAUUUGGAAGGUUUGAAGGAAAAUAUAUUGGAAAAAACAAGAGAGAUGCAGAAUUUGGCUGAGGAAUAUGAAAGGCUCAAGAACGAAAUAAAUGAGAGGGAUGUGGACAAGAACAAAGCGAAUGAUGAGGCAGUGGCUUUGGUGGAAGCUGCGCGGGCCGCGGAGCGAGAGGCUUCGAUGAAACUGGGAUAUCUGACAGAGGAGGCUGAUAAAAGCAGCAGGAGAGCAGCUCGGGUCACCGAGCAGCUCGAUGCAGCUCAAGCUGCGAACUCGGAAAUGGAGGCCGAGUUGAGGAGGCUGAAGGUGCAAUCUGACCAGUGGAGGAAAGCAGCUGAGGCUGCGACCGCCAUGCUUUCUGCUGGGAACAACGGGAAGUUUGUCGAAAGAGCAGGCUCCCUUGACAAUUACCAUACUCUUGGUUCACCUUAUUCCGAAGACAUGGACGAUGAAUCUCCCAAGAAGAAAAAUGGGAACAUGCUGAAAAGAAUCGGUGUCUUGUGGAAGAAGGGGAAUAAGUAGAUGGAAUAGCAGGUAUGUUUAUACUCACGAGCCUUUUUGGGUUUAGAAUUGUCUAUGGUGCCUUGGAUGAAGCGCUCCUCUGCCUUCACUGCAAGGUGAUGCUGGGCUUGAUCAACAAUGUGCAGAAUUUAAUGUAUGAUUCUGCAACGAUUUAGAAGUUGUUUGUAGAAUGUUCUCAUUCUAGCUUUGGAAACCGAAAACUGUAUACAUUUGCGCACGAGUAGGUCACUCUGGUCACAUAUGAUAUGUGAGGAUCUUUACGCAUGUUAUCUUAUUCGCUCUGUAGAAUCAUUUGUUUGCC